UGAGAAGGGUGGGUUUUAUCAAGUUAUUGUGUGACUUUUUGUAGUUUUGGUGACAUGCCUCGGCGGUAACAGCACAGUACCAAUCAGUGGCGGGCCACAGCAAGAAAACGUCAUGUCGGGCCCUUUGAAAUGCCACAGAGCUCGCCAAAGAAAGGCUGCGAACGGCAGUGACAAUCCUACUGUGGAUGUUCAGAACUCUUCUCUCCUUGAUAGUGAUAGCAAAACAGGCUAUGGAUGCGACGUCUGUGGCAAGAUGUUUACACUGGAAACCAAUCUAAAACGCCAUUACCAUAUCCACAUAUGGGAGAAAUCCUACGCUUGUGAAGAAUGUGGCCAGCUCUUUGAGCAGGAAUGCUUUCUGAAACGUCACCAGCUGGUUCACACCAAGCAGAAGCCGCACACGUGUGAUCAUUGCGGUGAGAACUUCUCGCGGGCAGCGUGCCUCGUGAAGCACCUCCAGAGUCACAGUGAUCUGAAACCCGAACCGUGUGACUUCUGCGGUGUGGCGUUUUCGACUCUGGCUGAGCGCACCGAGCACCGCCGACUUCGCGUCGGCAGAAAGUCGUUCAGGUGCGGCGUGUGUGGCAUCGUGUUCCUUCGUAAGGACAGGCUUGCUUGCCACCUCUGCACACACACCGGGGAACGUCCGUUCGUGUGUGACGUCUGCGGGAAGGCGUUUGCAGAUAGCAGCGCGUUUCGUCGACAUCGCUAUCUGCACGCUGGCGUAAACCUGCACAAGUGCGACGUCUGCGAUAAAGCGUUUACGAAGCGCAGCGCACUACGUAUUCAUUGUCGCCUACAUACAGGCGAAAAGCCGCACAAGUGUGACGCCUGCGGCAAGGCGUUUGCAGACAAGAGCGCGCUUACGUUCCACCUGCGCACACACACUGGGGAGAAGCCCUGCAAGUGUGACGAUUGUGGCAUUCCGUUCUCAAGAAGGGGUCAUCUGACACGCCAUCGGCGACGAGUACACGGUGAGAACAACCCAUACAAGUGUGGACAAUGUGGGAUAGUGUUCUCCAGGCAGUCUCAGCUGACUCGUCAUCACUGCAACGAGAGUGAAACGGGAGCUCGCUGCGCGAAAUGCGGGGAGGUAUUUACCAAUAUUAAAGAUCAUCAGUGUGCGGGCAAGUCGCUGACACCCGUUUCCCUCAAGUGUGGCGACUGUGGAAGGGUGUUUAGAACGAGGCGGGACAUUGCUCACCACCAACGCACGCGCAGGAAGGAGAAGAGGUUCCGAUGUGACGUCUGUGGCAUGUCCUUUGGCAGAGCGAAACUUCUGCUACGGCACUCUGCUACCGCCCACGGUACUCAGAGCUAGGUGAACACGAGGCAUCAAUGCCUCGGUGUGUCGCCAAAACAAUGUGUUAGCCACAGACUGGUCGUUCAAAUUGAGCAUUAUGCGUUCCGCCGCAAUACAACAAAGGCUUAUGGCUCACUCACUGAAUUGAUUGUCAGAUGAGUACGCCCAAUGACAUCCUCCUACUCAGUACUCACUUAAAGUGAACGUUCAACGGCCUUGUCGGACGGGCUAAAGUGAACAUGGCAGACGAACCAGGGUGAAGAUGUCAGACGGACCAAAGUGAAGACGUCAGACGGACCAAAGUGAAGAUGUCAGACGGACCAAAGUGAAGAUGUUAGACGGACCAAAGUGGUGAUGUCAGACGGACCAAAGUGAAGACGGUCAGACGGACCAAAGUGGUGAUGUCAGACAGGCCAAAGUGAAGAUGCACCAACACGUAUUCUUCUGGCCCGACAAAAUUAAAUGAGGAGCGAUGAACCGAGCCUUACGAGCCAAAGCAGAUGAUCGAAUGUUGCGCGAUCGUCAUAGUUGGUGAUAUGUUCCGAGGUAGGUGACGGAAAUGUUUAGUGAAGUGGUGGGUAUAUUACCUCUUUUGCCGUUACGGAGGUCUUAUGACAUUUUUUGAAAGGUUGUGACAAAUGCAUCCGUCCAGUUUCUAUAAGAUAUGUAUUUUAUAUUGUAAGAUAAUAUUUGUGACGUUUUUAACUGAAAGAUAAAUGCGUCAUCAGCCAGCAGCUUUAAUGUUGGAUUGGUAAUAAGGUGCUGUCAAUGGAAACACGACUCGGGGAUAAUCUCAGGUGUCGGCUUAUAUUUAUAAUCGCCUUUGUUAAGUGUGCAUUUAAAUCCGACAUCGGUGUAUUUUUAUAAUCGCCUGCGUUUCCUGUUGUCCAUAGCUUGUCGGAAGCAGUUUUUAACUGAUGACUUUGGAUCAAAUUAAGUUAACCAUUUUUGCCAUCCAAUUUCAUUCACACUCCACACAUGUUACUUUCAUGUUUUUAGAAGUUAAAUCUUAUUUAUGUGAUGGUCAGUUUAAUGUGUUGCAUGAGAAAGGCGCCAUUGAACCGCUCUAGGGACCGAUACGAAUUUGUACGUGGUGGCUGGUGGUCCACGUCGAUCUCUCUCUGAGAUACCGAACUGCUCAAUACCUGACAUAGCUUCGCUCAUAUAAAUAUGUCUGUUAUUUGUGUGCCAUUGGGACUUAAAUAAACACUGGUGACGGUCA